CUGACGUGGCAACGUUGAAUGUCAAAAAGAGCACACGAAUUUCUGAUUGACAACACGAGUUAAGAUUGAAGAACUUUGAAAAAUUUUCUGUAUCUAGUGCCGAAGGAAUAGAAAUUCACCAAAUAUAGAAAUGUCUGACUCGGAAAAUGAAAGUGCGGGAGGAAAAGGCUCGCAUCAGAAAGUAAAAAAAUCAAAAAGUAAUAGUACUUUCAAAAGUGAAGUUGGCGAAGUCGAAAACGACAUGAGUUUACUAAAAAAGUGUCCUACAUUAUUGACUGCAGAGGAGUUAACAUCUUCUGAAUAUGAAGCUUGGAUGAUUUCUACUCCCAACAGGCUGGAUGCAGAAACAAUUCGUAACCUAGAGUUCUCCCUGUCAAAGACAACCAAACUUAAAAUUGAAGAGGAGAGAUAUGAAACGUUAGUUCAACAAAAAGCUGACACAAUUACCUUCCUCCUACCAGACGAAAAUGGUGUAAUUAAAACUGUAGCAAGAGAAACAAUGGGGAUAAUUUCUUUUGUGAAAGAUUUGAAGUUUAAAGCAACUCAAAAUGAAAUCACUAAUCUUCCAGCCAAAAAAAGUGUUGUUCCACCAACAGGUCUUAAAAUAAGACAUCCACUUUAUGGAGAUAAAUUGGAAGAUGUAUUGGCUCAAGCCAGGGGAGAGAAGAGACCUAAACCAGUUGAGAGGGGUCUGAAAAAAUCACCAAAGAAACCAAAACAAGAAAUCACUGAUGACAACCAAUACAAAGAAACAAAGAAGAAGAAGAAACAAAAAAUUUAA